UAUGAUAAUGAUCAAUCAUCAGGAUAUGAUCCACACAAAAACAUGGUGCUCCAUUUAUAAAAGGGUAACUCAGUUAAGUUAACAACACAUCAAACACCAUUGCCUUCAUCUAUCACAAUGGCUACUACAACUUUUGCUAUCAACUUCUUCAUCCUAUCAAUAAUCUCUCUUUUCUCAGUUCCAUGCUUAUUAUCAGCAUCACCACCACAUUCUCCCUAUCUCCUUCCAAUCAAGAAAGACCCUUCAACUAACCUCUUCUACACCACACUUGCCAUAGGAACACCAUCCAAGAGCUUCAAUCUAGCCAUUGAUCUUGCAGGGGAAAACCUCUGGUAUGACUGUGACAAGAACUACAAUUCAUCAUCCUACAGCCCUAUCAGCUGCAACUCAAAAUCAUGCCCUGAAGAUGCAAUCGGCUGCAUUAGCUGCACCAGCGGUCCCUUCAAACCGGGCUGCACAAACAACACUUGUGGUGCCUCUGCAAUCAACCAAUAUGCAAAGUUCAUCUUCAGUGCUGGUUUUGGUGAGGAUAUCAUAGUCAUUUCUCAAAUGGAAGUUCAUGGCUUGAUUUCGGCCUGCAUUGAAGCCGAAGGAUUCACUUCCGGUUCCCCUCUAGAAGGUUUACCUAAGAGCACUAAAGGGAUCUUAGGCCUUUCAAGAUCACAACUUGCAUUACCAAAUCAACUUGCAUUGGAAAACAAGAUUCAACCCAAGUUUUCUCUCUGCUUACCUUCUUCAAACAAGUUAGGAUACACCAAUUUAAUGGUUGAAUCCAUUGAUGGGUCAGUGUCCAAAUUUGUUCAAACCACACCAUUGAUCAUCAACCCUGAUUCCACUGGUGUUGUUUCUGUCAAGGGCGUACCCUCUAAGGAAUACUUCAUUGAUCUCAAAUCAGUUAAGAUUGAUGGCAAUGUUGUGAACAUCAAGCCUUCACAGUUGUCCAUUGACAAAAAGGGAAAUGGUGGCACCAAAAUCAGCACAAUGAGUCCUUUUACCGAGCUACAAAGCUCUGUGUAUAAGCCUUUCCUUCGAGAUUUUGUUAAUAAGGCUUUGGAUAGAAAGAUGAAGAGAGUUGCUUCAGUUGCACCAUUUGAGGCAUGCUUUGAUUCUAGAACUAUUAAGAAAUCUGUCACUGGAUUUGUUGUUCCUACCAUUGAUCUUGUGUUACAAGGGGGAGUGCAAUGGAGAAUUCAUGGUGCAAAUUCAAUGGUAAUGGCAAAGGAGAAUGUGGCAUGUCUUGCAUUUGUUGAUGGAGGGACAGAACCAAGAAUGUCGUUUGUGAAAGCAUCAAUUGUCAUUGGAGGGUAUCAGUUGGUUGAUAAUCUUUUAGUCUUUGAUUUGGAUUCAUCAAAAUUAAGCUUCAGUUCCUCACUUUUGCUCCAUAAUGCAAGUUGCUUCCACUUAUGAUAUAUGGCAUUUGAAUUACUCUUAUGCUGAAUGGAAACAAUAUAUUGUAUGCUGUUUAUCUCCUUGAUUAUGCAUGUUUUCUUGGUAUCUG